GUUCGUUUGCGAAGAACUAAAUUCACUACCAGAACCAACUGAAAGUAGCUGCUGCGUCGCUUGCAUCUUCGAUUCAUUCGCCGGGGAGAUGUCCACACAAAAGCUCUUGCAAGUAUUCAAGAAAACCGUCUCCACCGACGAAGAAGUUGCAAAAGAGAUUGCGAAAACCCUCAUAAAAUCAGGCUUGAAGGCCCUCGAAACCUCUCCGUUUUUGCUUUCAAAUUUGAAUUCUCGAGUGACGCGCCUCGUUCUCUCUGACCCACAUCUGCAUCCUCGCUCCUGCGUGAAUUUUUUCAACUUUCUGCAGAGAAAUCCGUCUCUCUCUUCUCGCAGGCCUGAUCUUCAGGCCCACAUGACCCUUGUUUCUAGAUUGUUCAAGGCUCAAGAGUUUGUUGAAAUGAGGAAUGUGUUGAGUUAUGUUGCGGUUGAUGAAAAUCUUCGAUGCCCUGUUUCAGAUAUGGUUUGUUUUACUGAAACUGACCCUAAAAAUGCUAAAUUUGUUGAAAAGUUAUGUGAUUUGUUGUUUAGGGUUUAUGCGGAUAACGGGAAUUUUGAGGAGGCGUUAAGGGUAUUUGAUUAUACGGUGAAAAAGAGUAUGAAAAUUGAAGAGAGAACAUGUAUGGUCUAUUUACUUGCUUUGAAGAGAAAUGAUAAAAUGGAGAUGUCUUUAAGGUUCAUUCAAAGAAUGGUAAAGUAUGGUGUGGGUGUCACUGUUUAUUCCAUGACCAUGGUGAUUGAUGGAUUGUGCAAGAGAGGAGAGGUUGAGAGAGCGGUGAAAUUGAUGCGUGAAUUGGCUGGUGAAGGAAUUAAACCCAAUGUUAUCACUUACAAUUCGUUUAUAAAUGCCUAUGUCAAGAGAAAGGACUCUGAGGGUGUCAGGGAAAUGUUGAGGUUGAUGGAGAAUGAUAAUGUGGCCUACAAUGUUACAACAUAUACACUUCUGAUGGAAUCGUGUGCUAGCUCUGGCAAGAUAGGAGAAGCUGAGAAGUUGUUUGAGGAAAUGCGUGAGAGAGGUAUAGAAGCAGAUGUUCAUUUGUAUACUUCAAUGAUUAGUUGGUAUUGUAGGUUAGAAAAUAUGAGGAAGGCCUUUGCAUUGUUUGAUGAAUUGUCUGAAAGAGGUAUUGUUGCGAAUGUUCGUACUUAUGGGGCUCUAAUUGAUGGAGUAUGCAAGGCUGGCCAGAUGGAGGCAGCUGAGAAUUUGGUGAAUUUGAUGCAAACCAGAGGCAUUGAUUUAAAUCAGGUAAUCUUUAAUACACUCAUGAAUGGCUACUGCAGAAAAGGGAUGAUAGAUGAAGCUCUAAGGCUCUAUGUUAUCAUGGAGAAGAAAGGAUUAGAGACUGAUGUGUACACGUACAACACAAUUGCUAGUGGAUUGCAUAAGUCGAAUCAGAACGAGGAGGCCAAGAGGUGGUUGUUCACAAUGGUGGAAAGGGGUAAAACUCCUAACGUGGUGAAUUUUACCACUUUGAUUGAUAUCUAUUGUAAGGAGGGGAACUUAGGGGAAGCAAAGAGACUGUUUGAAGAAAUGGAGGAAAGAGGGGAGAAACCCAACGCAGUUACAUAUAAUGUUCUAAUUGAUGCAUUUAGCAAGAAAGGGAAGAUGAAGGAGGCAUAUAAGCUAAGAGAUGACAUGGAGGCCAUGGGGAUAUUGUCAGAGGUGUAUACAUAUACUUCACUUCUACAUGGGGAAUGUAUUUUUGGAAAGGUGGAUGAGGCUCUGAAGCUAUUUAACGAAAUGCACCAAAGAGGUUUAUCUAGGAAUAAAAUCACUUACACAGCAAUGAUUUCAGGCCUUUCCAAGGAUGGAAGAUCAGAUGAAGCCUUUAAGCUGUAUGAUGAGAUGAUAGAGGCGGGCUUUACACCUGACGACAGGGUAUACACCUCACUGGUGGGGAGUGUUCAUAAUGCCUAAUCUGAAAUUUAAAGGAGGCCUGUGAUGGACAACAACUAUAUAAAUCAUGAUUUUAUGAAUCUGUCUCAUGUCAUACAAAAAUUUAGUAGGAGAGAUCAAAGAGGGUGUAUGGUCUGACACGGGUAAGCUGAGCACAAGGAGUUCAGUUUAUUUGGUGUAUCAGUGUUAAAUGUUCUAAACUCCGCAGCAGUUACCUGGGAAAGAGAAUGUUCAAUUGUAUUUUGGAUACAGGAGGAUGGGGCCUGUACCCGCCCAACAGGAUAGCUAGCAUGAACGGUUGCUUUGCUUCUUCCAUUGAAGUAGUACCAUCGCAGCUGCCCAAAGGUUUCCUGAGAAGCUAAAAGAGGUUUUUACCCUGAAUCAUGGAUGUUCGAGCUUCGGAUGCAUACUUCAAUCCGCCCGUUCAAUCAACACUCAAAGAUCCUGUCCUGCAGGAAUGUACAUUUGACUUGUUUCAAGUGGCCGUGAAUCACUUUGAAGGUGGGGUAACCUACUGAAUGUUUAGAAACCAUAUAAACUGCAGUACAUUGCUUACAAUAUGCCAGCCAUUGAUACUAUUUUAUGUCUUCAAUUUUCAUGUCCUAGACCCACUUCAUGUACAAUGUUCUUGAUAAUUGCUAAUGCUUGAUCGCAGCUCAUAUUGAUAAAUGUUAGCAAUUCUGGUUCACCUGAUGACCCCGAGCUAAGAUAUCUUCAUUAUUAGAGUGAAUGGCCCAUUAUUUUCACCACCUCCUUUUAGGUUGCGUUCCAUAUAAUGCUUGUUCUUUACCUAAAAUUUGCCUUCAAGUUCCAACAGUUCAACAUCUGUGCUAUCCUUUUGUUUGUUAAUGAAGGUAGAGCCAUCCAUCUGUUGCAUUGCAUGGAUGGAACCAGCCGCUCAGCACAGAAGGAUUGCAUUAUUGAAUUUAU